AUGUCAAAUUCCUCUGCGUCUAGGAGCUCGUAUUACCCCGAGCCGGCCCACCGCCCGUCAUUGACUGGGGAUCCAUGGUCUACCUUCAAUGCUGGCGUGGCAACGGAAGGGUAUGACGAUGAUGGCGCGUUGCGAAACUCAUGGAAUGCAUUUGCCAUUGCCAGUGAUCGUCAAAUCCGAAAUCUUGUGCAAGUAUACUUCGAGAUUGUGUAUCCAAUCUUCCCGCUUUUCCACAAGCAAUCGUUCAUUGAGAGAGUCCAUAACCAAGAGCACCUCCGAAAUCCAGGCUUGUUUGCCUCAACAAUGGCAGUUUGCGCCUUGGUGUCUGGGCGUGCGCGAGACGGCGCGCUGUUCACUAAUAGAUGGCAUCGCGACGAACUUGCCGAGCCUCCAUCCGAGUCAUUUUAUGCCGCGGCUAAGGAUUCCAUUCCCAGAGACCUUGCAGCGGCAAGAGGCAUUAACUAUAUGCGUGCAUGUGCUAUUCUCGCAAUUGCCAGCAUUCAAAACGGCCAGAUCAAGAAUAUGCAAAAGUACUCUGGCAUGUACCAUACUCUCACCAGCAUGGAGGGCCUUCAUGAUGAAAAGCUUUGGCCAAAAAACCUGAGUCCUAUCGAGACCGAGGAGCGACGAAGACUAUUCUGGUCUAUCUACACCUUGGAUAUUUAUUCCACUAUUGUAUGGGGAGGUGUGAUCCGAUACCGCGAAGCACAUUCCCUAGUACGAUAUCCGAGCGAAAUUGACGAUGAAUUCAUUACACCACAUGGCUACGGAAUGCCGCCCGUAUCUCCACAUUCGGGCGUCCUCAACCCAGAUGAUGUGACGGUCGUAUCACGGCAGCCUGUAGCAUGGCUUCGGGGCUGGAACUUCACCACUGAUCUAUAUCGAAUUCUAGAAUACGUCGUUGAUGGUAAUCGGCGUCGUUUCUCGUCAGCCAAUGGAACGUCACAGGUGUGGUCUCUAUUCACCCCGGCAUCCAUGUCAGAACCAGCAGUGAUGGAGCGGGUAUUAUCCAUGUACGCUGCGCUGCCCUCACAAUUUAAAGAGACCCCACCCACGACAGGCGACAUGGCCAAGGAUCUAUUCGGGUUCCAGUCUGCCAACAUCCAGGCAACACUCCAGCUCCUCCGGAUGGUUCUCUUAUCGGCAGAAGAGCUUGGAGUAGACCGCAAAUGUGACGUGGCUGGAGAACUUCUCAGUGUCUUCAGCAAGGUUCCCGUGGAAUAUUUGAACGCCAUCAGCUCGCCUUUACUUCAUCAUCUUGGCGGAAUCGGCUAUAUCCUCGGCUCUGUAAUGGAAGGAAGUUUAUCAGAAGCAUCCUACCAACGCGUGCGCACGUUGCUACUUGAAAUGGCCGAUCUCCUCAGCCGCCUCGAGACAGGUCUCCAGCGCGCCGCCGGCGCCAGCCAACGACUCCGCUCUCAAGUAGACAGAAUUGAUGGCUACAUGCGCACUUCCCGGUUACUCAACCUCGCAGCGCCGCAUAUGCGUCAGCAUAACACAAUUCCCAUCGAUGCUAAACGCGAAGUCCCGAUCCCACCCACAACAUUCAUUCCGCGUAGUGGUCCAGCUCCAGCAGUCGGCCCACCGACGGGAAUGGGCGAGCAGAUCAUGCAGUUCCAGCUACCGCCGGAGUUGUUGUCUGAUUGGCCGUGGCCAUUGCCAUUAGAUGGGGCCCAUACGGAGGGCUUCCUUCCACUGGCGUUUGAAUAA